AAUACAAGAAAAAUCUGAAGGUGGUAACAAGUCAAAUGUCUGUUAAUCUUUCGCAUCUCUCUUGUUAACUUUAUCUUCACACCAAAGUUAAAAGCGCAGAAAUUGGAAUAGGAUGCAAGGCCACUGUCACAUAAAUCACUAAAUACAAAUAUUUAGUUCAUACAUAUUCUCCGCUCCAACAAAUUCCGCCCAUUUAUCCAAAAUUCUUUCCAAGAUGAGCCUUUUUCAUCAUGAAGAGCCAACAAAUCCCUCCAAAAGAUGCAAAUUCCUUGCUUCAGCCCUCAAAGAUGCAUUUGCCAAAUGCCAAUCUUUACGAGGAAGGAGUUCUACUUCAUACCCCCAGCAACAACAGGAAGAAGAAGAGCCAGACAGUGAUUACAAUGAUGAAGAAGAGGAAGUAUUUGUUUCAGCAAUCAUAAGUAAAUAUAAGGAGUCCAAAUGCAAACGCAAGUCAAGUGGAAUAGAUAGUUUCAACUGGGCGUUCUCGCCAACAGCAGGAGAAUUGUUCAUUACCUCGAAGUCAGUAAAAGAAACGAGCAAUGAAGAAGAUAGAUAUGAAUUUCUCACUGUCGGCAGCCAUCUCUCCCGGAGUUCAAGUGCUACGAGCUUUGAUGCUUAUAUCUCUGUCAAAACUUGCUUGUCCAGGUGUUCGAGCUUAAGUAGUAUCGACAGCUUAAGUAAGAUUGACUACAAAGAUUCUCAUAGACGCUCGAUUAUUCAGGAGUUCUGCCAAUGCGAAGGGUGGCCGUUUGGACUUUGCCGGAAGGCCUUGUUGCUGCCUCCUCUGCCCAAGUCCCCAUCUGAUUCUUGGUCAUGGCGAAAGAGUGCUAGAAUGGUAAAGAUACAUUGAUAGCAGGAUACUAUUUAACACUUUAUGUUUAUGCAAACAAAAUAUGCUAAAAUAAGGAACAAUUACAUUCAAUUUGUUGUGUAUACAGCUGAAAAAUAAAGUGCGGUGAGCAUUAUGCCAUUAUUUUUCCCAGUGGAAUGUUUGUAUUCCUUUCAAAUUGUUUUCCUUUUUUAAUCUCUUU